UAUCAAUCAGAUGUUUUGCAGUGCAAAAGAUGUGCACGACUUUUCGCCUUGAUUCGCGUUUUCCGCUGGUUUUCCGCGAGUGAAAACCGUCCAAGAGGUGUGAAAAAUUAUAAAUAUUUGUGGCUGCUACUGGCGAAACGAGCCGUUCACGGAAAAGUCGGCGGCAGUUAGUUAAACAGGCUGAAAAGAGAAGAUUGUGCGCAGCACGCGUGUCGUUGCCAGACGGUUGGGAGCAAUUUGCAGUGAUUUUCUUUUCGAAGAUUUCUCAGCUUUUCCCCGGUUCAGGUGGUGCGGGAAAACCUUUGUGCUUUUCCGAAAACCCAAAUUUAACACGAAUAACUGUGGAAAAGCCCGUUAAAAUUGGAAAAUCGUUGCGUGACACGGGCGCUGCCAGACCGGCGGCAGGUCUCACGCGCGCAUCUCUAGUUUGUUUUCAUUCGGAAUCGGGGGAAAAAAAGCUCCUUGCACUGAUUUUGUGAAUUAAAAUUGGCUUCUCCCACGAAUCCCCUCGAGAUGUCGGGGCAGGCGGAGCUCAAGGAGCUGGGCAUGUUCGAGCUGCGCCCGCUAAUCACCAACAUAAGCUGCAAGCUCUCGGCGGUGACGGCGGGGCUGGAUGAGAAGCAGUUCCUUUGCCUGGUGACCGAUGAAAACGAGAUCCUUUUGCGGUACAUUAGCGCCUCCUCCGGCCAGGAGGUGGUCAAGAUGAUAUCCUGGUUCCGCAAUCGCGUCAUCCACGACAUCUGCUUCGAUCCGGCGGGCACUUGGCUGCUGGUGCUAUGUUUCGACAACACGCUGCACAUUGUUCCCGCCUUGGCGUUGGUGGACAAAUCCCAUGGACUCUCCGGCUGCUCCUUGUAUAGCACCACGCAGGUCACCUCCUACAUCAUACCCUUUGUGGGCCCGCACGAGUGUCCCAACUCCAAGAAGUGCCCCAAUCACUCGGCGGGUCUGGCUGAGCCAGUGGAGCCAGUAGAGCAGCUGGAGCAGAAUUUAGAGCAAGUGCGGCUGCAGGAGGCGGAGGAUCAGGAGCAGCAGGAGCAGGAACCCCUCGGCCAUGAUCUGCCCGAGCAUAUGCUCGUAAGGAACAGCGGAGCGGAGGAGUCAGGAGUGCAGCAGCCCCCAGCAACAGAUGCCACUGGCAACAGCCAGGUGAUGGCCACCUCCUUCAUGGCGUCCAAAACCUGCCCCUAUCCCCUGUCCGUCGUCUGGUGGCGGACCAACAGCGGGCAGAAUAGGGCCAUUAUUGGCUACUCCGAUGGCUCCAUCUGCUUUGUGGGCCUCAGUCCCAAUUGUCCCAUGAUUGCGAGCACUGCCAUCGAAAAUGGAUCUGUGAUGCGACUGGUUAUCUGCAAGGACAAGGCCUACGAUGGCGUCAUGCUGCUGAUAACCUCCUCGCUGAAGCAGCAAUACAAGCUCCUCCUCGAGCAAAAGGCCAUCAAGUAUGUUUAUCCCGGCGACAGUUCGCCAACCACACGCGAAGGUGCCUGGCAAAUUGUGAUGUCCGUGCAGGAUAAGCAGCAGAUGGCGAGACAAAGCAAUAGUUCCGAUCCCGCCUCGGACAGCAGCCAGCUGGAGGAGGAUGUCUUCACACCGCCGCCGUCCAGCGAGGAUGCAGCCGUAGAUUCCUCCACCACCGCAGAGGCUACAACGGCAGAAGGAGUGCCCCCACCGCCGGCUCCUCCUUCCUACAGCGAGGCAGUGGCCCGGCAAUCUAGCGAUCAGCAGGGAGGAGGCGUUCGCUUUCAGCAACAGCAACUGCCAGCAACUGAUGGCAUUCUGCCCGCCACCAGAGCCCGCCUGGCAUCGCUCAAGAGUCUGGGCUCCAAGAAGCUGCACGCCAUCAAGAUGCGACUCUCCGAUCAGCGGCAAAAGUUCGAUGAAUUUAUGCCAGACUCGACGAUGGGCUCGUUUGCAAUCAUGGACUCGCCCUCGGUGACGCCAGAGCCACUGGGCAGCACCUCCGGAUCCUUUUAUACCAUACAGAACCUGCGCAGCACCUUCCUGCUGAGUGCCCUGCACACGAAUAGUCACAGUUUGACCGUGCACAGCAUCGACAUCAGUUUGAAGCCGCUGUUCGUUUACAAGAUACCCAAGCACACCCAGGAAAUACUCAUCAGCUCGAACAUACUCUAUGGCAUACACUACGUGGACCUGCAUUGCCGCAGCGAUUCGGCCAUUUCCACGGCGGCAUCUUCGCUGGAAGAUCCGCUGGUGGGCAAUACGGAGAAGGAGAAUCGAGAUGCGGACAUUGAGAAGCUGGAGCAGGCUGAUGUGAGUGCCCAGAAGAGCGAUACGACCAGUGCAACAACGACUACGGCCACCUCGAGUUUGGAUCAAAGCGACAUGCCCAGCAAUGCCAUUAAUGCGGUGAGCGUGAUUAGCAGCGCCAUGGCCUCGCUGCAUACCUCCGAUGAAGAUCGCUUCAACAAGCUCGCCCAGUUAGGUCUCUUCCGCUUCGAGCAAGAAACUGUGCUGCAUUUAUAUCAGAUGGCACAGUAUCGCAAUCCCGCCGCCCAACCGGAGACCCUAACCAAAGAGGAGAAGGCCAAGGCCUUUGAGCUGAAGGACAUCCACACGCCCAUGGAUUAUAUACAGUUCUAUGAGACGGCCGAUGUGAGCAGUGAGUUUUCGCUGCGGCAAAUGGAAAUCAUGCAGUCCGAGUUCCCAAAGAUUAACUACGAUCCAAGCUAUGUGAUCACCAAUAAGAAUGUCUACACUAUACAGUUGAGAAAAGAGCCCUUUGAAUUGUUUCUGGAUGCCGCACUGCAGAACGAGUUCAACCAGUGUCGCGACUUUUGCAACACCUUCGAUCUCUCCUUCGAGCAGUGCAUCGAGUUUGCCGGUGAUUAUUUGCUGAGGCGAAAGAAGAUUACCCAGGCGCUGCUGACGUACAACAAGGCGCGCGUGAAACCGAUACGCACAGCUCUUAAACUGGCCAUGUACGGACACACCUACGCUUUAAUGCAGCUCAGUGCUAUGGCCUUGAAGUCCACCUAUCUGCUAAGAUCACGGUACUUGGGUCAUCCGCUGUUGAAGGGAUUUCUAGGGGAUAUCACCUAUCGGCACUCGGAGGAUGUGCGUGUGAUUUUGCCCGAGAAACUGCUGGAGGAGGAUGUAAUUAGCGGCGCUGUCUGCAGCGAUUAUCACUACGGCGUGGACGAGUCAAUUAGCGCCCUUCAAAUGUCGCCCUCAUCGCAGUUCCAUUUGGCCAAUCUGCUGCUCAUCACGAUGGCCGAGAAGGCAGUGAACGAUAAGAACUACAUACCGCUGUGGAACUUUCUGGUGACGAAUAGCAAAUAUCACACCAACAUGACGAGCAUUGUUCUCUGCCAAAGCGGACUCUUCUCGUCGGCCGUAAUAUUGGCCAAGACACGCGGUGUCUGUCUAGAUACCUUCAAUGCUCUGAUCAGCGUGGUGGCCCAGGAGUUUGGCUGGUACAACGAGCUCAACGUUUGCCUCUACAAUCUGAGCGAGAAUAUAUUUAUGGAGACAAUAACCUACUUGCCGCAUGUGUCCAUGGAUUACUUUGCCUUCAUUCAGGAGAAGCUAGAUCAUAUCAGACCUUGUGUGUUGCAGCGCCUGUCCAAGCAACUGAAUCCCUUUUCUCCCGCUCUACGACCCAUUGUUUCCCACAACAGUGAUUGCGCAAUGUCGAACGAUAAUAAUCCCCAAUUGUUUGAGUUUUGCAAGAGUCUAAUUGAAACAUACUUGGCAGUGCUCAUUCAUAUGGAAUCGCAGCGAGUGAAGCGUGAUUCUAUUGUAAAUGCUUUAUCGAAUUUUCGUAUCAACUAUGAAGACAAUCAGUUUGCCAUUGAAUCGUCACGCUUCAAACCGAUCUCAGCUGGUUGUGCCUACUGCGCCUGUGUUGUGGAUGGAACCGCCUACUUCUGGGGCUCCAGUGGCAUUCCCAGUUAUUAUAGUGCUCAAAAGUCAACAGAGCCACCUGAGCCCGCGCAUGCUGUGAAAAGUCUAGACCUGCUCUCCCAGCUCAAUUUGCAAGUGCACGCCAUCAAAUGUGGACGACAGCACACGCUUAUUUUAACUAAUAAUGGCCUCUAUUCCGUGGGAAAUAACAACCUCUGCCAGCUGGGUAUUGGUCGUCACAUGCAGAUGGCUUUGCAACCGAUGUUGGUGACUGCUUUGGAUGGCAUGAACAUAACCAUGCUCGAGGCGGGUCAAUAUCAUAAUGCGGCUGUCGCUGAUGGCAAGCUCUAUAUGUGGGGAUGGGGCGUCUAUGGCCAGCUGGGGCAGGGCAGCUGCGAGAAUAUAGCUACACCACAACUAGUCAGUUUUUUCAAGUAUAAGAAAAUUGUACAAAUAUCGCUGGGCCAUGCCCACACCUUGGUGCUGUGCGGUGGAGCAGCCAAGAACGAGCUCUACGUGUUCGGCUCCAAUCACUUUGGCCAGCUGGGCACCGGCAAUACGGAUCACGGAGACACCAAGACGAACCUGCCUGUGCGCCUGGAUGUGGGCGGCGGCAGCCUAAGACUGAUACACACCAAAUUUUUUACCAAUUUAGCUGUAGACGAGGAUGAUCAUCUGUUCACCUGGGGCAGCUCACCGCAGGCUUUGCGUCUGGCCAAUCAAAUCAAGCGUCGCGCCAAUGCCAAGCAGAAAUUGGAGGAGAAUCAGCAGCGAGAGCUGCUGAGCAAGCAACUGGAGGCUACCUUGAUGCCGGCUCCCAUACCGAGUACGAGCACCUUGGUGGAACCGACCACAUCCUAUGCGGCGGUGGUGGCCGGUGCCACUCCAAAGGCCACAGGCGAAACCAAAGAGGAGGAGGCUAAGCCAUCAGAUGCUACGGAAACAAUUGCGCCGCGAGAGCCGGAAUUACUUAAGACGGCUCCUACAGCAGCUCCUACAGCAGCUCCUGCACCCGAACCGGAUCCCACGGAGCACCUGACGCCUCAUCUGGUGGACACCAGCGAGGUGGCAGGCCAAAUUCUGCAGAUCUCCAGUGGCUUGUUCCACUUUUGCCUGAUCUCGUCCAGCUGCACGCUCUACACGUGGGGCAAGAACCUGGAACACCAGCUGGGCACCGAGGACAAGGAUCGAAGGGCAGUGCUCAAGCCCUCGCCCAUCGACAGCAUCGAGCGUCCGAUGUACGUGGACUGCGGUGCGGAUUUCACGCUGGUCAUGACCACCGAUCAUAUAGUUCGCGCCUUCGGCGGCAACUCGAACGGUCAGUGCGGCCGGGAUUUGGGCGCCAGUCUGGAGAGGACGCGCCAGCGGGUGGUGUGUCUGCCGACCACCAAGCGAUUGAUGCGUUUCGAGAGCCAGUGUGUGGAGGCGCCGGUGGAGAUCAAUCUGCCGCGGCCACGCAUCCGAUUGGAUCGGGAUCCAGUGAGAUAUCUAAAGGUCAUGCCACCAUAUCAGCCGCACUUUCUGCAGCCGGCGAACAUUAGCUUCGAUCAGCGGUAUUCGGUGGGCACGCCGAACUACAAGAGCAGCACGGAGCACGCGGCCACGGGUCAGGAUUCGGAUGAUAUGCUGAGUAGCCUGGAGAACCUGAGCCAGAACGAUGGUAGUUUCUCCUACAAUGCGCCAGUGCAUAGCUCACUGGACAUGGACUACACGCCCGAGGAGCAGAGCUAUGUUCCGUUGCCGGAACAGGCUGGUAUGCCAGCGAUUGCCGAGAAGUUGCUUGACGACGACGACGAUGAUAGCACCUAUACGCAGAGCUCGGAGGGAUUGGAGGAUUCGUCGCUGCAGCAGCUGCGCCACUACAUCCACUACUGUCUGUACGCCUUUCACGGGCUCUACAAUCCCGACAAGAUUGGCGAGUGCGCCCGUCCAAAUCGGCAGGAGUACCGCAUACGCAUCUGCAUGCUCAACUUCCGAUUCGUCGAGGCCUUUCGGCUGUGCCUGCAUAGCUGCGAUUCCGCCCAGCGCACUCUGAAGUUGUUUGAGUACUUCAGCAAGGACACGGGCUAUGUGCCGCUGAGGAGAUCGGAUUUGAAGCACCUCAUCUAUCAGCUGUGCCUGCACUUCCUGGAGCGCAAGUUCGAUAUGCUCGAGUGCGAGCGGUUCUUCAUGGGCGACCUGGACUACUAUCUGCUGGAGCUGGCCUAUGUCUUCUACUUCAACAACAACAACUCGACGCUGGAGCAGAAUCUCAACCAGAAGUUCAAGCAGCUCAUUGCCGCGGCGGACAGCAAUCAGGCGGAAAGGUCGGCGGGACAGGAGCAACAGCAGCAGCAGCAGCUGCAGGACACCGAUGUCAUAUUCGAUAGCUUUACUGUCAAGUUCAAGACGAUCCUGUGCCAGCGCCUGCUGAGCUACUCGGACUGCGAGGCUGGCAAUUAGCAGUGGUUUCCGUUUCCGGUUCACCUCUUAGUCGUCUGACUUGUUUCAUACUUGUUUCGUUAUAAAUAUUCGGUCCAAGAACCGGGGACUGCCCUUUAAACACACACAGAAAACCGAACCCCAAACCCACUUCUUCCCCUACAUGUUUACGCGUAAUUAUAUAUAUACCAUAAUUGUUGUUUGCGGUUAUUUAUACACAUCAAAUGCUUUUUACAGCGCUGUUAUUCAAACGAAAUAUUUAAGACAAACAAAUUGUUUAAAGAAUCCAAUUUUUGUAACGCUU